AUGGGCAUCUUCACGGUGACCAAGCUGUCCGAGGGGCCGGUGCGGCCGUCCGCCGACACGCCGUCGGAGACGUUGCCCCUGGCCUGGGUCGACCGGUACCCGACGCACCGCGGCCUCGUCGAGUCCACGCACAUCUACUGCUCCGACGACGUCGCGAAGACGAUGCUGCUUCCGCCGGCGCCGGCCGCGGGAGCAGCAGAGGCCGACGAUGCACUGGCGCCGACGAAGAAGGAGGUGACCACCAAGACGAAGUCCCCGGCCGCGGUGGUGCGCGGCGCGCUGGCGGACGCGCUGGUGCACUACUACCCGUUCGCGGGUCGGAUCGUGGAGGACGUGCCGGGGCGCCCCGCCGUGCUGUGCUCUGCCGAGGGCGUCUACUUCGUGGAGGCCGCCGCCAACUGCACCCUCGCCGACGUCAGCUUCCUGGAGCGGCCGCUGCUGCUCUCCAAGGAGCAGCUCGUGCCGUGCCCGACGCCGGAGCUCUGGCCCGUCGAGCCGCACAAUAGCCUCGCCAUGAUACAGGUCACGACCUUCACCUGCGGCGGCUUCGUGUUGGGCCUGCGCACCAACCACGCGGUGGCGGACGGCACGGGCGCGGCGCAGUUCCUGAACGCCGUCGGCGACCUCGCCCGCGGGCUGCCGGAGCCCCGCGUGAAGCCCAUCUGGGGCCGGGACCGGUUCCCCGACCCGGACAUCAAGCCCGGCCCGCUCCCGGAGCUGCCGGUGCUGGCGCUGGAGUACAUCGCGUUCGAUUUCCCCACCGCGUACCUGGACAAGCUCAAGUCGCAGUACGCGGCAUCCACGGGCGGCAAGAUCUGCUCGGGCUUCGACAUCGUCAUCGCCAAGCUGUGGCAGUGCCGGACGCGUGCCAUCAUCGACGCCGGCGCCGCCGCCGACGACGUCAGGCUCUGCUUCUUCGCCAGCGUCCGCCACGUGCUGAAGCUGGACCCGGGCUACUACGGCAACGCCAUCUUCCCCGUCAAGGUGCAGGCGCCGGCGGAGAAGGUGGCCGGCUCGUCGGUGGUCGAGCUCGUCGGCAUGGUCCGGGAGGCGAAGCGGCGGAUGGCCGAGGAGUGCCUGAGCUGGGCCGAGGGCCGCACCGGCGGCGUCGACCCGUUCCAGAUGACCUUCAACUACGAGUCCGUGUACGUGUCGGACUGGAGCAAGCUCGGGUUCGCCGACGUGGACUACGGGUACGGCACGCCCAUGUCCGCCGGCCCGCUGGUGAACUGCGACCUCAUCGCGUCGGUCAUCGUCAUGAGGGCGCCCGCGCCGCUCGCCGGCACGCGGCUUCUGGCCAGCUGCGUCACCAAGGAGCACGCCGACGACUUCACCCGCAGGAUGCGGGAGGACCUCGUCUGA